UGUGUUCAUGUUCACGUCAAUAAAUUUGCAUCAUUGUGUUAUAAUUCACAUUUUAAGUACUUCAUGCGCUGUUACAAAAUAAUUAUAACGCGAUGUCAAGUACAUCCGUUUUAAAUGUUCUCUUCGUUGCUAUCAGAAUGAUGGAUUAUUAAUGUGGAUUAAAGAAAACAGACAUGGCGCAUUGGGGAUAUAUGACAACAAAUGGCCCAUCGACUUGGGGCAAGGAUUUCCCGAUCGCCAACGGCGAACGUCAGUCUCCUAUCGAUAUCGUGACGUCAGCGGCGGAGUAUGACUCCGACGUCCAGGGAUCCAACGCACUGUCGACCAACUACACUCCAGAGAGUGAAGUCAAGCUUGUCAACAACGGACACAGCAUUAUGUGCCAAAUCACGAAAAAGGGAGUUCUGACAGGCGGUCCCCUGGGUAAAGACGAAUACCGCCUGGAGCAGUUUCAUCUUCAUUGGGGUGCCGAAGACGGCCGUGGAUCCGAACACACCGUCGACGGCAAGAUGUACGCUUCUGAGCUUCAUCUUGUUCACUGGAAUGCUUCUAAAUACAGCAGCUUUGCUGACGCCGUCCAGAAGCCUGACGGACUGGCGGUUCUUGGCAUCUUUAUCACGCCUGGGGUUGCGUGUAAUCAAUUCAAAGUUAUAUCAGAUAACUGCGGUAAACUGAAGACCAGUGGCGCGGAAAUGACCGUGGAUACCACCCUAGACCCCACCCUCCUCCUACCCUCAAAUACGAGCGAUUACUGGACUUACCUCGGCUCCCUGACCACGCCCCCACUGUUUGAAAGUGUCACGUGGAUUGUGUUCAAAGAGCCAGUCGAGUAUUCAAAGGAGCAGCUGUUAGCUCUCCGAAACCUAGUGGAUUCCGAUGGCAAUCAUAUGCAGGACAACUACCGGCCUCCGGCUGCGCUCAAACAGAGGAAAGUGAAGAAAACCUUUACGUAAUGAAAUCAGAGAGAAAACACCUGUAUAAGUGUUGAUUCACAAAAAUGUACGAGUUAUAUCGAUUAUCCUACAAUGUCAAUGAAAUCCGAGGGAAAACACUCCUUUAAGUGUUAAUUCGUAACAACGGUCGUGUUGUCUCGAUUAUAUUACAAUGUUGAUUUGAUAUUUUUUGCAUUUCCCAUUAUAUUUUACAAACAAUAUACAGUAUUAUUGCAUAUAAAUCAUAUUUAACAUAAUGAUUUUUGAAUAUCUAUGUUAUGUUUUUAUACAAAGCUUUGAACAAAUUUUACUUAUUUCAAUGUUAUGGACUUAUUUGUUACCAAUUUUGAAAUGUUUACAUAAGUAUAUGUUUAUGUAUUUUUUAUAUCAAGCCCCAAAGUGUGUUUAUAUUUUGGAUUUGUUUUGCAUGUAAAACAGUAGCAAUAGUUUGAAGACAGAAAGCUACUAUGUUUCACUAUCAACGAGAAAGGGAGAAUAUUAGAGGCCCAUUAAGAUAUUUGGAAAUGAAUGUUUGCUUGUGUGUAUGUUAAACGACCUCAAUAGGCCUCAAGUGGCACCAACAGCCAGAAAUGGUGAACAAAGGGGUAAAGUAAUACACAAAAUAAGACUUAACCAAAAUCGUGCAAUUAUGCUUCGUUUAUAACUUUUAAACAAUUGAAACUGAUCUGAGAUUUAUAACAUUAUUUAUGUUAAGGUAAUGUCGCAUUUAUCAACACAGCAUUCAAAUACUACAAGCUGUACUUCAGUCAUACGACAAAACUGCAUUACAAAUAAUUUUGAUUUACCCAUAGGUGUUUAACGUCCCUAGUAAAAGUGCUGUCAUUAAUUUUGUCUACAGAAAUGCUAAGUAACAGUUAGUCUUCAUUGUUAACGUUGCUUUCUUGGAUAACUUGUUGUUUUAUGUAAUAAAUGCGUUAUGCGCGUUAUGCGCAAAUAAAAAAAUCCAAAUAAAUUUAAUUAAAUGUUA